AUGUCUAUGUUCAAUGGCAGCCACCACCAGCCACCCUUCUUCCUUCUGUCAGGAAUCCCAGGGCUGGAGGCAGCUCAUAUUUGGAUCUCCAUCCCAUUAAGCAUCAUGUAUGUGAUUGCCAUCCUGGGGAACAGCACCAUCAUUCACAUAAUACACAAGAAUCCCAGCCUUCAUGAGCCUCAGUAUGUAUUCUUGUCUGUGUUAGCGGCCACUGACACAGGCAUGUCAGUUUCUACACUACCCACUGUUCUCAGUGUCUUUCUUCUCAACCACCGAGAGAUUGAGUUCCAUGGUUGCCUGGCCCAGAUGUUCUUCAUCCACACCUUCUCUUCCAUGGAGUCAGCCAUCCUGCUGGCCAUGGCCUUUGACCGCUUUGUGGCCAUAUGCAAUCCACUGCACUACACUGUAGUCCUGACCCCCUCCCACAUUACUCAGAUGGGAUUGGCUGCAGUGGCUCGAGGGGUGGCACUGAUGGCCCCCUUGCCCAUCCUGCUCCAACAGCUUCACUUCUGUAAGAACAUUGUUCUAUCCCACUCAUUCUGCUUCCACCCUGAUGUGAUGAAGCUAGCGUGUGGGUCUAUUCAUGUGAACAUUAUCUAUGGGCUGGCGUUGGUUCUCUGCUCCUUUGGGGUUGACUCUGUCUUUAUUGUUCUGUCUUAUGCUCUAAUCUUGAAGACAGUUCUGGGCAUUGCUUCCAGGGAGGGAUGCCUUAAAGCACUCAACACUUGUAUCUCUCAUAUUCUCACUGUCCUCAUUUUCUAUGUCCCACUUAUUGCCUUAGCCCUGAUCCACAGGAUAGGCAGGUACCACUCCCCUCUCCCCCACGUCACCAUGUCCAGCAUUUCCCUUUUUCUCACACCUGUCCUUAACCCAUUGGUUUAUAGCAUGAAAACAAAACAGAUUAGAAGUGCACUAUGUAGGCUAAAUCAUGUGUCAGGAAACCUUAUUAAAAGCAAACAGACUGUUCCUACACAGAAUGUACCUGUUGGCAGGACUCCCUGUAAGGCACAGAACUCCACAGCUCAGUGUGGAGAAGCAGAGGCUUACCUCAAGGACUUGGCUGUUUAG